AUGAAACAGCCAGUCCACGUGCAAGGUACUGUCCCAACUUUAGAGAUGACCGCAGCUCAAUCCCAAGCAACUCCCCAUACCAUAACAGGUAAUACGAGUCCGCGCCAUAGUGGCUCAGCCGAGAACUUCGCGACACCAGAUGCCAAUGCUUCGGCAAGUGAUGCAGCCGAAAAUAAGAAUACCAACGGUACCGCCGAUACAGGCAGUAAAGGAUAUGGCAGAUUGGCAGCCCUGCUCGCUAGACAAGACGAGUAUGCCAUUUUCCGUCGUUUCAAGUACCUGAAUUGUCUAAGCCUACUGUAUCAACAGGCCGAGAUCAUUUUCCUCCAGGAUCACCUAGAGAAGCUGGCGGCAAUGGACCGAACACAUUCCUGUCGAAUGCGACAGUUCUUUGACAGGGACUGGAUUACCCUUGCACAUCCAGGGGAUCCGGAAGCAGGCCAACAAUGGGCAACCAUGCAGCUGAUUCAACUGAAGCUGGCAAAAUACAGUACGCAUUAUCGUUUCUCUUUUACCUAUUCUGUCUUUUCCGCAUCUCUAACUUCCCUCGCUUCAAUAGAUAAGGCACUCCUCACCCAAGCCUCACUCGCCAAACUCAAUCCUCCCAACUUCCAGGAUCUCACCUUUCUCCGAGAAUGGAUUGGUCGUGCCGACAACGGGAAUUAUCCUAUUCAUGGCCCAGAUCAGCAUGCAUGGGAUCCAGAAUUCGAAACUGAUCUCAUGGCUAUCAGCCCACGGGUGCCGUUGGAUCGCCUCUCCCGCUGGGUGAACGACAUCAUUUUCCCCUGGUAUCACAAAUUCUUCGGGGCCAAGAUCAAGGUUAGCACAGCAGUUCAUCACUGUUCCCUGCCCAGAUGUAGGUUGUGGCUGAUAAAGGUGUAG